GUUUCUCUGCCACCGACCGAGUUACAGAAGGGUUCAACUCGGUUAGCUUACAACGAGUCCUCACAAAACUCUUCAAACCCUUUCUCUUUAUUUAGGUAGCCGCUACUAAGAAAUCGAUCUUUCCUUUCGUCAUCCGUCAUGAAAUCGUUUUGAUUCAUUAAUCUAUAUAUCCGUUUCGUUGUUAUCACACUGAAAUCCUAAAAUCUGUGAUCCGAUCUUGAAAAACAUGGGGGAUUACAAUGAUGCGUUCAUGCGCAACAACAACGCUGCCGUUCAGGCUCGAACGAAGCAACAGAACCGAGCUAAUCUCAUGCAAAUGAAGCUGAUUGGACAGAGUCAUCCAACAGGAUUGACUAAUAAUCUGUUAAAGCUUUUUGAGCCACGACCUCCUCUGGAGUAUAAACCGCCUCCUGAGAAGAGAAAAUGUCCACCAUACACAGGCAUGGCACAAUUUGUUAGCCACUUUGCUGAGCCCACUGAUCCUGAAUAUGCUCCACCAGUAGAAAAGGGUGAAACACCUGGCCAACGGAGGGCUAGAAUUCACCAGUUAAGACUAGAAGAGGGUGCAAGAAAGGCAGCUGAGGAGCUUGAGAAAUAUGAUCCAAACAGCGAUCCAAAUAUCUCUGGAGAUCCAUACAAGACAUUGUUUGUUGCUAGGCUUAACUAUGAGACAACAGAGAGCAGAAUUAAAAGGGAGUUUGAGGCAUAUGGGCCAAUCAAACGGGUAGGUUUUGUAGAGUACCCUAAAAAGGGGCUCAAGGUUAUAGCCUUUUGUUCGGUAAGAGUCCCUGGUAAGGGGAGGGUAGUUUGUUGGAGAAAUUGGCCACAAAUUCUAGCAGUGAUGAUGAUGAUUGAUGCAUCUAUUCUCGCCUCGGGAGCCUAUAAAUUAAAAGGUUCGCUUGAUUGCUGAUAAAGAGACGAAUAAACCACGAGGAUACGCUUUCAUCGAGUACAUGCAUACACGCGAUAUGAAAGCUGCAUAUAAACAAGCGGAUGGAAGGAAGCUUGAUAACAGAAGAGUGCUUGUGGAUGUUGAACGUGGAAGAACCGUUCCUAACUGGCGGCCACGUAGACUUGGUGGUGGACUUGGGACCACCAGGGUUGGUGGUGAAGAAGUCAACCAGAAGAACUCCGGGAGAGAACAACAGCAAUCAGGAGGAGCAUCUCGAUCCGUAGAGCCAAGAGCAACUGAAGAGCGAGGAGAUAGAGAGAGGGAGAAGUCGCGUGAGCGCGAAAGGGUGGUUAAGGAAAGAUCACGCGAGCGGUCCCACGACAAGCCAAGAGAGCGGGAACACCGCGACGACCGGCACCGGGACCGCGACCGUGACCGUGAUCGAACUGGUCGGGACCGCGACCGACACCGUGAUCGCGACCGCGACCGUAGCGGUCGUGACCGGGGGGACCGUGAGCGCGACCGUAGCAGUCGUCACCGUGAAAAGGAUCGUGACAAAGAUUACGAGGUGGGAGAUGUUGAUGCGUUGGAUCGUGGGAGGUCGCGUGAUAAGGAUUAUGAGUAUGAUCGCAGUGAAAGACAUGAGAGAGAUAAACAUGGAGGAGGGGAUAAUGUUAGGGGGAAAAGCUAUGAUGAUCGUGAUCGUGGGGAUAUGGAGGAGUGGUAUGAGCAAGGUGAGCAUGGGAAUAGUAAGCGUGUGGAUGCGGAGCGUGAUAUGGGAGGUGUUGGUGGAGGGUAUGAUUAUUAUGAUGAGGAGAGGUAUGAACAUCAGGAUCAUGAUCGGUAUGAUCAGAUGGAGGAUGAUGUGUAUGAGCCAGGAAAGGUGGAACCGCGUGAUAAGGAUCGUGAACGUGAGUAUAGGCGAUCGGACAGGUCGCUCUCUCGGGACUAUGAGUAUUAAGUACUGAAAGCAUAAGAUGGAUGCACGUAUGUGUUUUGUUUUUGUUUGUGUGUGUUGUUAUGGACCCUUGGAUUUAACUUUUGUGGGUGGUAUUGGAUU